AUGAGACAAUCACACCAGCUGCCCCUAGUGGGGCUUCUGUUGUUUUCUCUUAUUCCAAGCCAACUAUGUGAGAUCUGUGAGGUAAGCAAAGAAAACUACUUUCGUCUGCAACCUCUGAUAAGCACAAUGAUCAGUUCAGAUAAUACCAGAGGAAUCCAAGCUUCCAAUGUCCUGUUGUCCCUCAGACUUGUUGGGAUCCAGAAACAAGAUACAGAACAACAGCUGAUCCAACAAAUCGAAGAGAAUGUGAAAAGCAGAAGCUCAGAUUUAACCUCAGGACAAGUUGCCUUGAUUAUAUUGGCUUUGGGAGAAUGUCAAAACCCUGAUGAAAGAUUUAUACAUGAUAACAAUCUGGUCAGCCAGCUGGAAACAAAAUUCCAAGCAGAAGUUGAAAAUAUGGGAGCACACAAUUGCACUCCACUGACCAGCUACUACCAGCUGAGCCUGGAUGUUUUGGCCUUGUGUCUGUUCAAUGGAAACUACUCAAUCCGCCAAGUUGCUGAACUCUUCAAUCCUGAAAAUAAAAACUAUUAUUUUAGUGGUCAGUUCUCAGUAGAUACUGGUGCAAUGGCUGUCCUGGCUCUGACCUGUGUGGAGAGGAAAGGGCAGAUUGAAACAGAUGGAGAGUAUUUAAAUCAUAUCAAAAAGCAUAAAAAGUCACUGGUAAAAAAGAUUCUGUCUGAGAAAAAAGAAAAUGGUCUCAUUGGAAACAAAUUUAGUACAGGAGAAGCUAUGCAGGCUCUCUUUGUCUCAUCAGAAUAUUACAACAAAAAUGAAUGGAAUUGCCAACAAACUCUGGACACAGUGUUCAAAGAAAUUUCUCAAGGAACAUUCAGUAUUCCAAUUGCUGCAGCCCAGAUCUUACCUGCCCUGGUGGGAAAGACCUACUUGGAUAUUAACAAAGAUUCUCCCUGUGUCAGUGAUCCAGAUUUCAACAGUCCCACUCCUAAGCCUACAUCUGAGAGAUAUACUAACUCACCCUCAAAUAUCUUAGUCCAUUACUCUGUGAAAAUCAAUAGAACAUAUUCCACCAACGUCACCGUGCUAAAUGGUUCUGUCUUCCUAAACGUGAUGGAAGCAGCUCGGGAAAAAAAUGAAACUAUAUUUCGUUUCACAGUGGAGGAGAGCUCAUGGGGCCCCUACAUCACCUCUGUUCAGGGCCUAAAGGCCAACAACAAUGACAGAACCUACUGGCAACUUCUGAGUGAGGGCAAACCAUUGAGCCAAGGAGUUGGUAGUUAUGUUGUCCGUGAUGGAGAAAAUCUGGAAGUUCGUUGGAGCACAUACCAAUAAAAUCGAAGCUUCCUCAGCUGUAUCUAAUCCUUUUGCAGUGGAAAUUCCAUCUGAAAAUUGGCCUCGUGCCUUCCUUUUCGUUUAUCUCAAUCCUAAUAGGAGAAUCAAUAACCUCCCCUUC